AUGGGUAGUCCACAGAAGACUAUGCUGGCGUGUCAAGUCGUCGAGUUCCACAAAGACUAUGUCAUUCACCAGGUGCCAAUUCCGGCAGAGCUAGGUCCCCACGACCUGCUCUUGAAAGUCGCUGUCGCAUCAUUAUGCCACACCGACUCCAUGGUGGUUGAGGGUCGCAUGGCCGGCGUCACGCUGCCAGUCACAGCCUCCCACGAGGGGACCGGCAAAGUCGUCGCGAAGGGAGACGACGUCCAAGGCUUCGAUCUUGGUGACCGUGUCCUUGCCGGCAUUCCACGUAAUAGGUGUGGGCAGUGCCAGGACUGUUCUAGUCAAGAUCCGCAAUACUGCUCGAGCAGAGAUGGUGGUAUUGGCAUUCAGCUCGAUGGCGCGUUUGCCGAGUACCUGGUGGUGGACAGUCGAAAUGCUUGCCAUAUCCCCGACGGCCUGGAUUACACCUCUGCGGCACCCAUGGCUUGCGCAGGAAUCACAGCGUGGAGGGCACUCAUCCAAGCCAACGUGGGCAAUGGCCAGUGGCUCGGCGUCGUUGGGUCUGGCGGCGGGCUGGGUCAUCUGGCUCUGAAGUUUGCCAAAGCACAAGGAAUCCGGGUUAUUGGGGUUGAUGCUCGAGCCGAGGGGCUGGAUCUGACCAGAGAAGCUGGCGCCGAGGUGGUUCUCGAUGCUCGAAAGGGAAUAGAAGCCGUGGUCGCAGAGGUACAUGCAGUGACCGCAGGUCAAGGGGUGGACGCCACUAUCAACUUCAGUGAAGCUGUUCCGGCCGCUGGGCUGGCGUGUGCAAUUACACGCAAGCACGGAAGAAUGAUCCAAGUCGCUCAGGCAAAGGUCGUGAUUCCGUUUCGAGAACUCAUCUUCCGAGACAUCAAAGUCAGCGGCUCACUGACAGGCUCGCCCAAGCAAACGCAAGAGAUGCUGAAUUUUGCGGCCAGACACGGCAUCAGCGUCAAGACACAGGUUUAUCAGGGCCUGGAACGGAUACCGGACCUAGUAAAGGAUGCGCACAGCGGGAAGAUCAAGGGCAAAGGAGUUGUAGUAGUAGACCCUACCAUUCGAUGA